AUGGAUAAUCCCUGCACAAAUAACCUCAUCCUGUAUCACUGGCUUUGGAGUGGAUUACAAACCCACCAUUCUCGCAAACCAGCAGCUGCAGACUCCUCCCUUUUGUAGCCUGGGGCUGCCCUGGCAUGAGAAGCGGCCUGUGGAGAGUUCGAGCCUCGUACACUCCCCCUCUGGGCCGGCGGGGAAUAUCCCGGCCCCCACCGAGCGAGUACUUACCUCUGCGGAGCUCCUGGGCGACAUCAGUGAGGGUGGCCUACAUGUGGCCCCCCUAAAAUGGACGGCCGUAAUGCUGCACAAGCUCACCUGCAACCUAGCAACUGGGAAGCUGAUUUCCAGGAAAGAUUCAACACCAUGUACCAACAAUAUUGGAGAGGCUGGGAGGAGCGGCGCAGGCCACCUACAAAGCCAGUAUCUAUGGCGCAACCUCCAGACAGAGCUCCGGUUCAGUGCCCCCCUCCCUAGCCGGCUUCAACACGCCAACACAAACAACACCCACAUUCAAGCAAGAAAUCCCCUAAGCAGCGGUCCAUAUCACAGCUCACUGGAAGGCGACCUUUUCCCAGCCGCAUACUCACCGCUUGGAAAGAUCGAGCUGGCAAGCUGA